GGUUGGGUUCUCCCAUGUGUGUUCUCGUUCCAAUGUGCCUUUCACCCCAGUUGCCUCCGUGGUGGUUUAUUCUUCUUGGAACUUUUCUCCCCCUUCCCUCGCAUGAAUGGUACAUUCUACAGAAUGCUAAAACUGGGGCAUUAGUGAUGUGAUCAAAGAUGGCAUCCUUCUUAGCACAAGAAGAUCAACUUGCUAAAAGGCAUGAAGAAAUACUGUCUCAGAGAUUGGUGUUGCUUCAGCAGAUGGCGAAUCAUCAAGGAGACAAAGAAGCUGAGAAGACAUGGCAAAUGCAAGAAGCUGAUGCAGCUCAUAAAAGAAAUGUAGCACUUUUAAAUGAUAUAGAAGCAGCAGGAAAAAAACUACAAUCAAGAGACCACUUACUUCUACACCCUGACACUGUUAAUCUUGAGACUCUUUACUGGGCAAAAGUGGAAGAAUCCUUCCCUAAGUGGGAGCCUUUUUUUUUAGGAAGAACACAAGCUCCUCUUGGGGUUGGAAAAAUUAAGCCAAUAAAGCAAACAACAAGUUCCCCAAGAAAAUAAUCAAGAAACAAAAAUCAUUUCCAUGAGAAGAAUCUGCUCAUUCCUUCAGAUUGUGGGUCAUUAAAUGGUUCUUUAAAUAUUUGUUGGAUAAGCUACAUGAAUUCGUAAUCAGCAGUAAAGAGUUAUCUCGCAUCACUCUGUUUACAUGAAAGUGACCAUAUCAAACACGGAAGACUCAUAUCAAGAUGGAAACAUGGCUGUUCAAUUGCUUAGUCAAGAUGAGAAAAAAUGUGAUCUCAUCCUUCACUUUUAUAAAGGAGAGGUGUCUUUUCCCAAUAAAAGUGGAAGCACAUGCUAAUCUGUCUGUCCCAUGAGAUUUAUUUCAUGGGUAUGGCAUGUAUUUCCCAGCAUUUUGGUGAGCUGAAUUUAGCAGAUGGCUGGGGACUUAAUAGAACCCUGAGUGAUCGAGGCUGAAGUAGAAAACCAAAGGAAUGUAUACGUUCCCUGUUAACCUGACUAUUCCCCCCUCCUUCCCAGUCAUGUUUAGUCUAUAGACACAUCUUAUGUGGCUAGAGAUUGCUUCGCUCUUGCAGUAUUUCAGUAUCCAUUGAUGUAACAGAUUUAACUACAGGAUUUUAGAAUUUUCCAGUACUGAACUCAGCUUUGUGUUUGGAAUAAAUUCUUCAUCAAAGUAUUCAGCAACAGAAGCCCAUGUUAGACGAUAUUUUAUGUUGACAUUUUUUGUCAAAAUAAAAUGGUUAACAAACACA